AUGAAGACAAGGAUAAGGAUUGAGAAGAGUAGUAUUUUGAAAAUGACUGCAAUGAUGGCUGAUGGACAAGUUACAAAGGUUGAUUCUAUAAAAGUGCAGAGUGAGAACGAUCUUUUUGGGUACGAUAGUUACACGUACUUAACUUGGGAUGAUUUUGAAGCGGUUCUUACAAUGGAUGAGCUGACUGGUGUUGUCAUUGUGUCUUAUAAGAUAAGACAUUGGGUAUUGGGUGUACUAGACAUGAAAUCGGAUACUUGCUAUUAUUUUGAUUCCUUGAGUUCUGGCAAUUUCAAUAUGCAGUUGAAGCAAAUUGUUGAUUCGGCAAUGGUUAUGUACGCCACACAAAGUGGAUCCAACAAAAGGGUUAAACAAAAUUGGGUUAAUGUUACGGUCAGCACUUAA